AUGGGUAUCCGUGCGGCUGUAGAGCGUAAAAUCAAUGUGUUAGAGGCGUUUGAUGAUAUCUCCUUCCAUUAUCUCCCACGUGAUGAAAAUCAGAUGGCUGAUGCCCUGGCUAUGCUAGCUUCCAUGAUCAAAGCAAAUAAACAAGAAGACAUGAAGCCAAUCCAGAUAAGUAUUUGCGAUGCUCCAGCUCAUUGCUGCAAUAUCAACGUAGAGAAGGAGAGGGAUGAUCAUCCUUGGUAUCAGGACAUUCUACGAUAUGUAAAAAAUAAUGUAUAUCCUGAUCAGACAACUGAAAAUGAUAAAAGAACGUUGAGGAAGCUGGCCGAUGACUAUGUCUUAGACGGUGAAAUCCUGUAUAAAGGAGGAAAGACCAAGUACUGCUAA